AGGCUCGGGAGUGCCGGGUGCGCGCCAUCCCCCGCCGGCAGUGCGCUCCAGCAUGCGCUGGUGAUGGACGCGCUGGCCCCGAGGCUCAGGCGAUAGACGCGCCAUGCGCUCCAGAAGCGAGCGCGAGGACGCCACCGUCGCCGUGACGCCCCCCGGCCCGCCGCUGGAGACCAGCAUCUCGACCUCCACGCUGGCCUCCUUCGGCUCGCUUGGGCUCACCCUGCCCUUGGAGCGCGGCACGUUCGAGUGCAUCAUACCCCACGGCGCCCGGGCGGGGUCCACCCUGGAGGUGGAGUUCCCCGACCACGGGGGGCAGGUCCUGCU